AUGGCUUAUGGAGGUUCCUGUUGUUUGCUCCAGGUGUCGGGCAUCGCCCUGAUCAUAGUGGGGGAAAUUUCUCGCACCUCCUACAAUGAGUUUGAGUCCUUCACGGGGGGCGGGCUCUCUCACAUUGCUGUGCUCCUCAUCGUGGUGGGCGUGGCCAUCUCCAUCACCGCCUUCCUGGGCUGCCUGGGCGCAUGGUUGGACAACAGCAUCCUGCUGGGGCUGUUCACAGGCAUUCUCAUCCUGAUACUGACCCUGGAGAUUGUAGCAGGCAUUCUCUUUUACGUCUUCAGAGCCAAGUGUGACGAUAUGGUUAAGAAACUGGGCUGUCUCGGGUGUCUGUUCGUCGUCUUCAACGGUGUGUUCUGGGUAGAGAGCAAGAUCACAAAGAAAGCCAAGGAGGUGAUUAAAAAGUAUGACAUUCGGGACAGAGCCAUCAUAGAUGACAUCCAGGACCAGUUCCACUGCUGUGGGGCCGAGAACUACACUGACUGGUUUGUGAGUGGAGGCUGGAAGAACCAUCGUGCUGUGCCUGAUUCCUGCUGCCGCCUGGAGUCAGAGGAUUGCGGGCACAUCAUUACGAGCGACAACAUCUACCUAAAGGUCAUUCCCCUAACCUAG